GGAAAAGACGCGCUUCACUUGAAACCCAGUGCUUGGCUCGAAACGGAGCUACAUGCCGUUUCUACUCGCCAACGAGAUCUGCCUGCGAUGAGAGGGCUACUAUUGUCAUCACCCUCUGUCCAUUCCCACCUCCUUGUAACCCGCUCAAACUGCCUCCUUACUGUCCUUCUGACCUUAUCCUUCUUAUCGGUGCUCGACGUUUCCUGCGCAUCUGCUCGUCAACUUCACCCACUGUGUUGCUCUCCAACCGACGUUGCAACCCUUGCCUCUCUUUCUGCACCAGAGAAUCUCACAACAACAGGCUCGACCCUUGCCCCUUUCCUUAUACCUCGCGUCUCGGGGACAGAAGGGAACGUCAAGGUUCAAAACCAUUUGAUCUCGACCUUUGAGGCAUUAAAGUGGCAUGUGGAACAGGACAAGUUUACCGAUACCACCCCGUUCGGUGUCAAACCUUUCAACAACAUCAUUGUGACAAAGAAUCCGAAUGCCCCACGCAAGCUCGUCUUGGCUGCACAUUUCGACUCUAAAUACUUUGCAGACUUUGAUUUUAUUGGAGCAACGGACUCUGCGGUUCCCUGUGCCGUCCUCGUGGAUGUUGCAAAGACUCUAAACCCUUAUCUAGAGAGGGAACUGUUUUCUUCAACUACUUUACAACUCAUCUUCUUUGAUGGAGAGGAAGCCUUUGUAUCCUGGUCGGAGACAGACUCUUUGUAUGGCUCGCGACAUUUGGCCGCAAAAUGGGAAAGCACGUAUGUAAUGGGGACGAACAAUCCUCAAUCAUCGGGCAUGGAACCACGGGCGGAUCCCCAAAACAAUGCUAGAACAAUUCUCGAGCAGAUUGACGUUUUUAUUCUACUUGACUUGCUGGGUACCCCCGACGUUCGGAUAUGGAACUCUCACAAGGACACAGCCUCUCACUGGAGCCGCCUUGUCGUCAUUCAACACCGACUAUCAACCUCCAAUCUUCUGUCGAAACAGGUAACAGCCCGCAUCGAUGAAACUGGUGAAGGCGGAUACUUUAUGAAGGGCGAAUCAGGGUACUCCGCUUACCAGAUCGAAGAUGACCAUAAACCGUUUAUGCAAAGGGGUGUACCCAUCGUUCAUGUCAUCCCGCAAAUAUUUCCGGCGGUGUGGCAUAGGGCUACGGACAACGCUGCUGCAAUAGAGCCACAAACAGUACACGACUUUGCGCUGAUUUUUCGCGUAUUCGUAGCAGAGUAUCUUGGACUGGAACUAUGAAAUCAGUUACUGAUGGUUAAUCUCCCGAAUAAAUACGAUUUGUACAUACAGCCUAUCGUGGAUUAUCAUUAUUAAAUUAUCUCA